CGGCGCACGGCGCGGGGCCGGGCCGGGCGGCUCCCGGCGCGACUUCCUGUUGUGCCCGCGCCCUGCCGCCGCCGCCCGGCGCCCCUCGCCCGCUGCCCGCGGCCCGGCGCGGCCGCCGCCCAUGGAUUUCACCUAGUGCCGGCGGCCAUGGCCGCGCAGUGCUGCUGCCGCCAGGCGCCCGGCGCCGAGGCCGCGCCCGUCCGCCCGCCGCCCGAGCCGCCGCCAGCCCUGGACGUGGCCUCGGCCUCCAGCGCGCAGCUCUUCCGCCUCCGCCACCUGCAGCUGGGCCUGGAGCUGCGGCCCGAGGCGCGCGAGCUGGCCGGCUGCCUGGUGCUCGAGCUGUGCGCGCUGCGGCCCGCGCCCCGCGCGCUCGUGCUCGACGCGCACCCGGCCCUGCGCCUGCACUCGGCCGCCUUCCGUCGCGCCCCCGCCGCCGCCGAGACGCCCUGCGCCUUCGCCUUCCCCGCCCCCGGGCCGGGGACCACGCCGCCGCCCCCGCUGCCCGCCUUCCCCGAGGCGCCCGGCGCCGAGCCCGCCUGCUGCCCGCUGGCCUUCAGGGUGGACCCGUUCACCGACUACGGCUCGUCGCUCACCGUCACGCUGCCGCCCGAGCUGCAGGCGCACCAGCCCUUCCAGGUUAUCCUGCGCUACACCUCGACCGACGCCCCCGCCAUCUGGUGGCUGGAACCAGAGCUGACCUAUGGCUGCGCCAAGCCCUUCGUCUUCACCCAGGGCCACUCCGUGUGCAACCGCUCCUUCUUCCCGUGCUUCGACACGCCCGCUGUCAAGUGCACCUACUCCGCCGUGGUCAAGGCGCCAUCGGGGGUGCAGGUGCUGAUGAGUGCCACCCGGAGCGCAUACCUGGAGGAGGAGGGCGUUUUCCACUUCCACAUGGAGCACCCUGUGCCCGCCUACCUCGUGGCCCUGGUGGCCGGAGACCUCAAGCCGGCAGACAUCGGGCCCAGGAGUCGCGUGUGGGCGGAGCCGUGUCUCCUGCCCACGGCCAUCAGCAAGCUGUCGGGCGCGGUGGAGCAGUGGCUGAGUGCCGCCGAGCGGCUGUACGGGCCGUACAUGUGGGGCAGGUACGACAUUGUCUUCCUGCCGCCCUCCUUCCCCAUCGUGGCCAUGGAGAACCCCUGCCUCACCUUCAUCAUCUCCUCCAUCCUCGAGAGCGACGAGUUCCUGGUCAUCGACGUCAUCCACGAGGUGGCCCACAGCUGGUUCGGCAACGCGGUCACUAACGCCACGUGGGAGGAGAUGUGGCUGAGCGAAGGCCUGGCCACCUACGCCCAGCGUCGCAUCACCACCGAGACCUACGGUGCUGCCUUCACCUGCCUGGAGACGGCCUUCCGCCUGGACGCCCUGCACCGGCAGAUGAAGCUUCUGGGCGAAGACAGCCCGGUCAGCAAGUUGCAGGUCAAGCUGGAGCCAGGAGUGAAUCCCAGCCACCUGAUGAACCUGUUCACCUACGAGAAGGGCUACUGCUUCGUGUACUACCUGUCCCAGCUGUGCGGAGACCCGCAGCGCUUUGAUGACUUUCUCCGAGCCUACGUGGAGAAGUACAAGUUCACCAGUGUGGUGGCCCGGGACCUGCUGGACUCCUUCCUGAGCUUCUUCCCGGAGCUGAAGGAGCAGAGCGUGGACUGCCGGGCAGGGCUGGAAUUCGAGCGCUGGCUCAAUGCCACAGGCCCGCCGCUGGCUGAGCCGGACCUGUCUCAGGGAUCCAGCCUGACCCGGCCUGUGGAGGCCCUUUUCCAGCUAUGGACCGCGGAACCCCUGGACCAGGCAGCCGCCUCGGCCAGUGCCAUUGACAUCUCCAAGUGGAGGACCUUCCAGACAGCACUAUUCCUGGACCGGCUCCUGGAUGGGUCCCCGCUGCCACAGGAGGUGGUGAUGAGCCUGUCCAAGUGCUACUCCUCGCUGCUGGACUCGAUGAACGCCGAGAUCCGUAUCCGCUGGCUGCAGAUCGUGGUCCGCAAUGACUACUACCCGGACCUGCACAGGGUGCGCCGCUUCCUGGAGAGCCAGAUGUCACGCAUGUACACCAUCCCGCUGUACGAGGACCUCUGCACCGGGGCCCUCAAGUCCUUCGCGCUGGACGUCUUCUACCAGACGCAGGGCCGGCUGCACCCCAACCUGCGCAGAGCCAUCCAGCAGAUCCUGUCCCAGGGCCUGGGCGCCAGCGCGGAGCCCGCCUCAGCGCCCAGCACGGAGCUGGCCAGGGCUGCCGCAGACGCGCACUCGGACGCACAGGCCCUGCUGCUCGGGGACGAGGCCCCCAGUAGUGCCAUCUCUCUCAGGGACGUCAACGUGUCUGCCUAGCCCCGUCGGCGGGCUGACCCUCGACCUCCCAGACACCACAAUUGUGCCUUCUGUGGGCCCGGCCUGCCAUGACUGCGCCUCGGCUCCGGCCAUGAGCUCUGCCCAGGCCCACAAGCCCCACCCCUGGGCUCUCCCAGGCAGGGAGAGUGGGGGAGGGCCCUCCCUGUAUCUGGCGGAGACCUGUGGGCCUCCCCACUCCCAGCUCUUGCACUGCAGGCUCUGGGGCCAGCCCGCACACGCCAUGCCUCCUGUCUCAACACUGACAGCGGUGCCUAGCCUUGGAUGCCAGCACCUGCUAGGGGCUGCCCCAGGGCAAGGGCUCCAGCAGCCACAUGGUGACCGCCACACUGUGCCUUACGUCUGCCAUGGCCCAGGCUGCGCCGUCCCCGCAGCACGCCUCCUCACAGGGAUCUGAGCCACCUCCCCGCAGAGCCCUGCAUCCCGCCCCUGGGGUGGGCAGCCUCACAUGGCCCCGGCACAGGGACAAGGACACAGACAUUCCCUCGGUGUGGGGGCAGGUUGCACAGAGGAUGCAUGUCCCUGGGGAGGGUCCCUGGGUCCCAGACAACCUCAGCCCCUCAGAACAAGGAGUCCCAGGACCCAGGGGGAGUGUGGGGACAGGACGGCCUGUCUCUUGUGGCUUCCUGAUGGCGGGAGGCACAUGGGCAAAGUAAUACCCAGGGAAGGUGGGAGGUGGUGCUGGUGCUCUCUCGACCCACCAUGCUGGGAGAGGCAGCCAGGGCCUGGGGCCUCCAGCCGGGGAUGCUGCAGUGGGGUAUCACGCUGAUGGUCCCAUUAAACUUCCAGUCUGCAAAGCUGA